GAAAAACACAUGGGAGCAACUGUAAUGAUUCAUUACAAUGCAAAGAUGAUUUUCAAUGCCAGGGAAGCAUCUGCCAAUGUAAAGAUCCCACAAAUACAUUCUGGAAUGGCGAAAUUUGUGCCACAAGAAAAACAUACGGGAGCAACUGUAAUGAUUCAUUACAAUGCAAAGAUGAUUUACAAUGCCAGGGUAGCAUCUGCCAAUGUAAAGAUCCCACAAAUACAUUCUGGAAUGGCGAAAUUUGUGCCACAAGAAAAACACAUGGAAGCAACUGUAAUAAUUCAUCACAAUGCAAAGAUGGUUUUCAAUGCCUGGGUAGCAUCUGCCAAUGUAAAGAUCCCACGAAUACAUUCUGGAAUGGCGAAAUUUGUGCCACAACCCCAGCCCGGGGUUGAACUCUCGACCUACGGAAUCCUAACAGAACAGAAACAGCGCGUUAGACUGCUGGGCUAUCUAGAACCACUCAUCUACCAGUGCAGAAACUUAACUGUUCAGACAACGGCACAUGAAACAAAUAUUAAUGUGUCUUCUGUUGGGAGAAAAGACGCCAGUCAUUUCAUUAUCACUUCAAAUGGAAAUGACGUCAUCUAUAAGCACCGAAUUGUGGAUAUUUUAGAAUUAAAAAAUCUGACGUCAUCAACGGCAUAUCAGUUAAUGUUAUAUGCAGCAGUAAAUUUUUCACAGGGAUUUGAACUAAGUAGUAAUAAUUGCCAUUUCAAUGUUACUACGUAUCCUGUUUUGAACUGCACGGCUUUCAAGGUUGUCUUGAUUAAUGAAAGUUACAAACUCGAAUAUCCGGAGCAGUACCAUGCCCGACUAAACAGGAUCUUUGUGACAUGGUCUUCCAAUAUAAAGAAUAAAUCUUUUCCUUUAGAUAGAAAUAUAAUGAAUCUUACACUAAAGCCGGGAAUAACGUAUGAUUUCUCAGUCAUAGCAGAAGGAGUUUCUAAUCUUUGGACAAAUGAACCCUGUAAAUUCAGUAAAACAAUUGAAAUAGAAACUCCAAGAUGCAGUGAUUCUCUGGUUAAAGACGUUACAAAUGAUUCAGUGAUUUUAAACAUGACAAGUUGUAUAUCAAGAGGCAUUACUACAUUUCAAGUAGAUCUGGGUGAAACCCCUAUGAUUGAAAAUAGACAGGCUAUGCUUGUUAAUAGAACUGCUCAAAACAUAACAAUAGAUAAACUAAGGCCUGGAAUGACAUAUGACAUCACGAUUGCAGCGUUUGCGAAGGAAGCGUUGAAAUUUUCAAAAAAGUUUAAGCAAACAAUUUAUACAA